GAAACUGUAUUAUUUCAUCAUCCCUCGUCAGCAUUUUCGCAGAUUGUGAAAUCAAGGCAUAAAUAUAAAGUUUUUGAAAACAAAAACUUACAAUCUACAACUAGGCAUGUCCGGUGGACCAGCAAUAACACUCAAAAGUCAACCAAUAGAUGGUAACAAUGGCAACAGCGGAAAUGCUGCUGCACAGCAGCAACAAACUGCAAAUAAUGCAGCAGCAGGAGCGUCUUCAUCCUCCUCAUCCCAAGCUUCAAGUGGCACUGUGCCGCCAGCUCCGGAAGGCACACGUCAAAGUAGUCUGCAGCGCAUCCAGCUACGCAAGCAAAAGGUAUUCAACCUGCCCGAAGCACAGAAACUCGCCAAAUUAUCCAUGUAUUCGGCGUGCCAAUUUGAGGGCUGCCGUUGCACUGGCUGGAAGACGCCCCAGGAGAACAGGCAUCGAGAUGUCGAGUCGUCUUACUGCCCAGAGCCGACUGAAGAGUGUCGAAAUGCCAGUUGUCGUCAUCCGCUCCGGUCCCACAUUUCUCAUCUCACCGAGAUAUCCAGAUCUAGUAUGGACGAGCUAUUAGGCGCCAUCAUUGACAUGGAAAAUCUAUUCAUGUCCAUGCAGCGCGUUGAGGAUGAGGACACAAAGAAGGUUUACCUGUAUCUAUUCAGGUUACUGCGACAGUGUGUGCUCACGCGUCAGCAGGCUGUUAUUCGUGGUCCAUUGGGUGAUCCUCCAUUCGAGUCGCCGUGUAUAACAAAAGCUGUUUUAUCCUUAGUUUUCUACAAGUACAAUCACUUGAACCCCACCGAACUGCAGACCAUGACAGAGGUGGCGAAGACCUUUCUGAAUUUUCUCAAUCAUUACAAUUUUGAGUCGCCCUCCGCACGGCGCGGCGAUCCAACUCUGACGCACGAGGAUGCAUCGACUUAUAAGAUCAAUUACACACGUUGGCUUGUAUUUUGCCAUGUACCCGCGUUCUGCAAUUCUCUGAGGCAGUUUGAGACAUCUCUCGUUUUUGGGCGCACUCUUCUGCGCACUGUUUUCCAAUAUAUGUCGCAACAGCUGAAGAAGAAAUGCAUUUCGGAACGAGAUCGCUUUCCCGAAGACAAACGCUCCAUCAUUACGCAAAUGCCAAAAUUUUUGGAGGCAUUAAGGGCUGAGUUGCUAAAAGAUGAUUCACCCAUAUGGGACUCGACAUACAGGCCACCCAAUUCCUUCGUCGUGCAACAGAGAAAGCGGCAUCAGGAAGUGGCACCACCACCCACCAUUUCGUCUGCUGGUGCAGCCGCUCCUAGUGGCAGCAAGCGCUCAAGCGUGGGGGAACCUGCUCACAAGAGGGUCAAAAAGGAGGUUGCGGAACGUGUAACCAGCGAAAACCAGGAUGAUCUGCCAACUGAAGUGGUGAUGCGUGCCAUGAAAUCCGUUGCAGAGUCAAAAACAUCAAAUAAAUCGGAAAUAUUGUUUCCCAUCAAUGUGUCACGCGAUGAGAAUGUCAAGGCAGAAGAGCAGAAGCGCGCAAUCGAGUUUCACGUUGUCGGAAAUUCGCUUACCAAGCCCGUGGAUAAGCAAACGAUCCUUUGGCUGCUCGGACUGCAGCUGGUAUUUGCCUAUCAGCUGCCCGAGAUGCCGCGUGAAUACAUAAGCCAGCUUGUUUUCGACACCAAGCACAAAACCCUGGCACUGAUCAAGGAAAAUCAGCCCAUUGGCGGCAUAUGCUUUCGCCCAUUUCCCACCCAGGGCUUCACAGAGAUUGUCUUUUGUGCAGUUACCAUGGCGGAGCAAGUGAAGGGUUAUGGAACCCAUCUAAUGAAUCACCUAAAGGAUUACAGCAUACAACGUGGAAUAAAACAUUUGCUCACCUUUGCCGAUUGCGAUGCAAUCGGCUAUUUCAAGAAACAAGGUUUCUCCAAGGACAUCAAAUUGGCGCGUCCCGUCUAUGCGGGCUAUAUAAAGGAGUACGACAGUGCUACGCUAAUGCACUGCGAGCUGCAUCCAAGCAUUGUGAAUACACAAUUUAUUUCCGUUAUUCGCAAUCAAAGUGAAAUUCUUAAAGAGCUCAUUGCACAACGACACAACGAGGUCCAGAAAGUAAGACCUGGCUUAACUUGCUUUAAAGAGGGAUUGCCGUCUAUACCGGUUGAGUCCAUACCUGGCCUGAGGGAAAUCGGGUGGAAGCCACAAAUGCGUCCAGCGCGUGCUUCUCGUCCCCUGGAAGAAUCCACAGAUCCAGAGAAACUGGCGACCCAGUUUGCAUCUGUCUUACAAUCUGUGCGCCAGCACACCGCAGCCUGGCCCUUCCUUCGCCCAGUUACUGCAGCCGAGGUUCCCGAUUACUACGAGCACAUCAAGUAUCCCAUGGACCUGAAGACAAUGGGUGAACGCUUGAAGAAGGGAUAUUAUCAGACACGGCGUUUGUUCAUGGCCGACAUGGCUCGCAUUUUCUCUAAUUGUCGCUUCUAUAACUCUCCUGAGACCGAGUAUUAUCGCUGCGCUAAUUCUCUAGAGCGAUACUUUCAAACCAAGAUGCGUGAGCUGGGAUUGUGGGAUAAAUGAUCUGACGAUCCUAUUUCGAUCGCAUGAACUGAAUAAAUUAUGUAGUACCUAUCACAUUCAUAUACAUAUAUAUGACAUUAUUUAUAUUUCA